UUUUUGAUCCAAGCUGCUGCUUCGUCUUCCUGCCCUGCUGCAUACAUACCUCUAUUGUGCCCCGUAUCCUUCUCAAUAUCUAAUGGAACGAUUCAAGCCCAUCACUUUCCCCUGGCCGCUUCGUCAUGGAGUGUCGCGAUUUCGGCGAACCGACGUGCCCGCCGCCGCAGCUCUCUCUUCUGCGCCCCUCUCCACCAACGCCGACGCGGCGGAUUACGCGCCUCCUCCGGCGUCGACGACUCCCGAUGUUGCUAGAUCGUAUCAGGGGAAUUUCAUCGAACAGCUUUUCGACAAGGUCACGUCUUCACAUGUGUCCGCUACUCUGCUCAGUCUCGUUAAAAGCCCUGGGCGUGCUCUCGACUUCGUCAGCCGCAACGACUUCCGCUGUCUGGACUUCCGAACACAGUGCCUCGCUAUCGCUGUUGUGUCUCGGCACUCUUCACCGAAGCCUGCAGUUCAGUUGCUGAAGGUAACAGUUAGGAGUAAGAUUGGUGGUGGUGUUAGAGAAAUUUUCGAUGAACUGGUGCUUUGCCGUGAUCGAUUGAAGACUAAAAGUACCAUUCUUUUGGACUAUUUGGUGAAAUGUUUCUGUGAAUUGGGAAUGGCAGAUGAAGCCGUUGAGGGCUUCUACAUGAUGAAGGGAAAGGGUUUUGUUCCUAAGAUCCAAACCUGCAAUUCGAUUCUGAGUUUACUAUCACGGCUGAACAGGACAGAGGCUGCGUGGGUUAUCUAUGCAGAAAUGUUUAGGAUGGAGAUCAAGUCGAGCCUGUACACUUAUAAUAUAAUGAUUAAUACAUUGUGCAAGGAAGGGAAAUUGAAAAAGGCGAAGGAGUUUAUAGGGUGUAUGGAGAGUCUUGGAAUUAAGCCUAGCAUUGUCUCUUAUAACACUCUGGUUCAGGCAUAUUGCUUCAGAGGAAGAAUCGACGGGGCUCGUAUGGUUAUGAAUGAGAUGAAAUUUAAAGGCUGUAAACCGGAUUUGUUCACUUACAACUCACUUCUCGGUGGUAUGUGUAGAGCAGGAAAACUUGUUGAGGCGUCUGAGUUGCUUAGGGAGAUGAAAGAGAUGGGCUUGAAUCCAGAUGUUGUUAGCUAUAACACUUUGAUCAAUGGGCAUAUCAACAAAGGGGAUUUGGAAAUGGCAUUUGCUUAUGGGGAUGAGAUGGUGAAAGAGGGUAAUACGCUGACUGUUUAUACUUACAACGUUUUGAUCAAUGGAUUAUGUAUGGAGAACAAGAUGGAACAAGCCGAAAGGAUGAUAAAAGAAAUGAGAAAGAAGGGGAUGGUCCCAGAUUCUGUCACGUACAACACGUUGAUAAUAGGUCAUUGCAGAUGCGGGGAUGCAAAGAAAGCAUUGGCUUUUCAUGAUGAAAUGGUCAUCUAUGGAAUUCAGCCAACACUGGUCACUUAUACAGCGCUUAUAUGUACUUUGGGUAAUAGAAACAGAAUGAAGGAGGCAGAUGAGUUGUUUGAGGAGGUUCUACGUAAAGGAAUGAAACCAGAUCUUAUACUGUUCAAUGCUUUGGUUGGUUGCCAUUGUAGAAUCGGUAAUAUGGAGCGUGCAUUUUCACUGCUUAAGGAGAUGGAGAAGACAAAAGUUGAUCCUGAUGAAGUGACGUUCAACUGCUUGAUGUAUGGGUUCUGUCGGGAAGGAAAAGUUGAAAAAGCUCGCGAGCUAAUUGAUGAGAUGAAAAGAAGAGGAAUUGAACCUGAUCAUAUUAGUUACAACACCCUUAUAAGUGGGUACAGUAAGAGAGGGGAUAUAAAUGAUGCUCGUAAGGUUCACAAUGAGAUGCUGAGUAUAGGGUUUGAUCCGACUGUUCUGACUUACAAUGCGCUGAUACGGGGCUUGUCCAAAACCCGGGAUGGAGACCUUGCGGAAGAGCUUUUCAGAGAGAUGGUCAGUAAAGGCAUUACUCCUAAUGAUAGCACCUACUGCUCUCUGAUUGAGGCCAUGACUAAUUUGAACAACGACACUGAAAAGUCUGAUGCUUGAUCGACCCAUUUCUCGAAAUUCUUGGAACUUUCGGAAAGGAGAAGAUUUACAUCUUUUCAAGGAACGAUUUUUUUUUUCAGACGACGUAUUUGAAGGUAGAUCUGCCGAUGAUUGUAAAGCUAAACCAUGUUGAAUAGGAUCCAAAAGACCGAUCUUCUUACGAUCGUGUUUUUGGUUUUCUUUUCGUGUGGCUCUUUGGGCUGAAGAUCGUUCCUUGAGGUUUCACCGAGACACACCAGAGGAAUCGAACAUCAUCUGCCGAAGGAUUCAUCAGCUGAAACAGUUAGAAAUAUCUGCAACUCCAUCAUCCAGUCUCAUGUGGGAGUCUUGGUUUUGAAACAGAUGGUUCUAAUGAAUAUGCUAAAACCACCUUUCUCCUCUAAAUCAUCAUAAAGGUACCUGGAGAACUCUUGUCUUUCAAAGCUGCAGUAUGAUUGUGACAAUAUGAUCCCCCGGGGUUUCCAGUUUGUUUGUUUUUUUAAUCUAGUUAGAGUUGAACUGCUGUUCAUUUCUCUGUCUAACUUCAUCAUGUCCAAAAAUUGAUAUUUGAGGUGACGGUUCGUGUAAUCUUUACUCUAAAUCCAAGUUUCAUUCAGUAA